GCGUCGUGAUUGCGAAAAUGAUAUCGGUCCAUCAUCCUGGAUCCUUUGACUAGGAACACCUGAACCUUCUUCAGACUCCCAUCCUUGUUGCCGAACUGUCAUUUCGACCUCUCAUGAACUGUCAAUGCGGAUUUUCAGCGCACUGGCCCCUGGAUACUGGAUACGGGAUACGGGAUACUGGACACGCUCCACAAAGAUCAUCGCCACAUCAAGGUCACCGCUAGUCAGUCCUGACCACAUCCUCAUCAAGUUUGACUACGGUGGCUCGGUGAUCGCAACCAGGCCACCGCUCAGGUUCAGAACAUGCCCUGGAAGCCGCUGCCUCUGUCGUAUGCAGUAGCCAUAUACCCUUUCCAACCUUCGGCUUCUCCCACCGAGUUACCACUUCAGAUCGGUGAUCAAUUAUAUGUCAUCGAACAGGGCGGUAAAGAUGGCGCCUGGUGUCGAGGUUAUCUUGUUGCUCCUCCGACCCUAUUGUCGGCCCUGACUCCCGGUGGCAGGACUGCGGCUGAUGCACGUGUCUUUUCUGGCAUUUUCCCGAAAUGCUGCAUCGAAAUUCGGGAACAGCUUGGUCCCGAAGUCUCUGUGGCUGUCCGACCCGGCGAGCCGAAGCCGCAAGCCCCUGUCCCCAUGCUGAAAAUAGGAGAUGAUUCACCGACAUCUUCGACGGAACCACUUGUGGAUGAGAUAUCAUCGUGCCUGCGAGAAUGGUAUAUUCUUCACCUUCCGGAUUUAGUACUCCGGCGCGAGUAUCAUGUUCUCGAUCAGAUGUCCGAGAUCAUAAGUCGACUGGAUUAUGCCCGGAGAGAACUCUUAAAUGACGUUCUUACUGCGCAGGAACGACUGCAGGUGCGAAAUGAUGCGGUCUGGGACCUUGUCAGGGGCAAUAAAAUGCUCAGUGGCGAAGUUAUCGUUCGAGAUGCCACCCACCAAGGCCGACUAUUGACUUCGGAGGAUUCUGCUAUUGAAAUGACAAAACUACAAGCGAUCAUGAGCGUUUUGGAUUCACCGCCAUCCGAGAAAUCCAGGGCCACUUCCUUGCAUCAUUGUCUGGUUGAGGUCAUAUCUGUCGUAGGUUCGGACCUAGAGUCUGCAAGCUUGAACUUGGCCUUGUAUCGCAACGAUUCAGAUGGCAGCCCUGUGUCAUUCUCCGAAACAUACAGUUCUGUUGCUUCGGCAAAGAUGAAGACUUUGUUCUCAGAUCUCAGUACAAGGGAUAUAGGAGAUGCGGGAGAAACUUUUCUCACAGUGAAGGUCACCAUCUCAGAACCUCCGCGAAAAGCAAAGCGAAGAGCCCCUGAGCGCCCUCCCUCUAGAAAUGGCACCUUGUUGGGCCAGCGGCAACUUUCUCUCAAUCGCCGAAGGUCAAGCUUGAUGUUCGGUAAAAGGAAACACGCUGAAAGACCGCAUCCCGGGGUGAACGGUCGAGCAACGCCCCAGACCAAUGAACGGGCUCAAACGCCGUCGAUUGCCGAAGAGGAGGAUGGUUCCUCACCGGCCCAAGGCCCUCCGGUACCUCGGACAAUCGCAGUCGGGAUUCUCGACGUGAACAAAAUCAUGAGGGAUAAUAACUCUGUCGAAGAGACGAUCACAAUGUGGUCAGUCUCAGCACGAGAUGAUGAAAAAACCAGAGAAGUGGAUCCUAGAAUAAAGCAACUGUUGAACUCUCAGGGGAGAAGCCUUGUGGUCUCGCCUUAUAUAUCGAGUGUGGCUCUCAGACUUACUCCUUACACGGCCCCGGAUGCAGAUACAAUGAUCAAGAACAAUCCGACUUCAAUGCAUCUCGUCACCAAGAGUCAGAAGAUUGGUUUUUCGGAGGCGCCUUCCAAGCCUCGAUCAGACAUAUAUCUAAGGCUAAGCAAAGCCGUCAUAACUCAAGGAGCGCAUCUCUCACAUCCAGAAUUGAACGUGGCCCCAAUCAAGGCCCAGUCUAUGCAGAACUUACAAUUAACAAUGGAGGUUCGGGACUCUUCUGGUCGGCGUAUCGAACACUGCAUUUAUCCUUCCGCAAAUGGGGCUGCUGUGACUGCAUUACGCACGAAUGCAGUUGAGAUCGAUUCUGCUUGGGACCAGACACUAUGCCUUCGAGUACCGACAGAAAAGGUCCCGGAUAGCCAUCUGAUUCUCAGCAUUGCGGAUGCCCCGGAGUUCCCAUUUGCACUGGCUUGGAUGCCAUUGUGGGAUAAGAAGGCCUUCAUCAGCGAUGGAAACCACUCUCUCAUCCUCCAUGCAUACGAUAAGAUAACAUCUAGUGUUGUUCAAGGUCGUGGAGCGUAUCUGUCCUUGCCGUGGAAUAAUGCAACUUACAAAACUGUUCACGAAGGAAGUUAUGCCAACAUCGCAUCGCUGGAGGUUAACACCCUUCUGUGCAGUACAGAAUACUCACAAGACCGCACGUUGGUCAGCCUAAUCAACUGGAAACAUCAGACGUCGGUGCAGUUACUAGACAUCCUCCAAAAGCUCACUUUUGUACAGGAAAUAGAAAUUGUGAAGCAACUUCAAGAUGUUCUCGAUGCACUAUUUGGAGUGCUUGUGCACAAGUCAGGAGAGUCAAAAUUUGAGGAUCUCAUUUUCAACGAUAUCGUAUGGGUGUUGGGCAUUGUGCACGACAGACGGUACAAUCUGGGACCCCUUGUCGAGCAGUAUACUGAAAGUCACUUUCGCUCUCCCUAUGCUGCAUCCUGCCUGAUACGAAGUUUUACUCGACUUCUGCAAAGCGUUUCAGAUCCUCAGAGUGCUCGAGACAUGAGGGCUUUGUUCAAAGUUGGCAGGACAUUCAUGAAGAUUGUCAUUACAUCCUAUCAGCAACGGCGAUUUGGAUCACAAACAAAUGAAAAUCGAGACGAAAAGCAUUCGACGUUCAAACAGGAUAUGCAGGCUAUUCUCUUUGGAUUGCAAAUGAUGAUGCGCAGUGAGACGGCAGCGCUGGUAGGAAGCAAGACCUUGCUCGUACGAGAAUUUCACACCUGGCUACCUGAAUUGCUUCCCGCUUUCAGCAAAGAGGAAGUCAUCAGGACGUCUAUCGACUUCAUUGAUUCUUGUGAGGAUGCAACUGGCAAAUUAGUCCUCUACCGGCUUAUCCUCAUUCAUAACUACACCAAGCUGGACCAGAUUUGGGUCGAUGAUAGGGACAAAAAGAUGCUCGUCAAGAACUGUGUCAGAUGGCUUUCCCCCUACUGGAUCCAGAACGACUUAUCAGACGAUUGGCACGAACAAGUCCGAUUAAGUUGUUCGAUUGUUGCCGAACUUACACGAAUCCCAACUCACUAUUUACACGAGUUUAUGCCAAAACUCAUCUCUGCCUAUGAAAUCAUUGCACGGCAGCCUUCGGUUCGACGGCGAUCACUAUCAUUCCUCUUCCCGGAUUCAUACCCAUUCGUAAACAGAGCAACAGACAGCGAGGACUCAUUCGAUGAGGCUUUGCUUGAGCUCUCAGCGACAGUGGCUACCAUCGCAAGGAUGAAAGCGCCUUCAGUUCCCAAAAUCCAGGGUCAAGAGCUUUCGGAGUACGUGCUUUCCACACUCACCAUGCUACGCUCACUCCUUCAGCACCACGCAUGUCCGUCGACCUGGCUCAGUCUACACAUUUACCACCACUCCUGUGCCUUGACGAUUCUUAAUUACCUCUCUACCCUCCUCAUAUCACUGUACCUCCCCAGUCCUGAAGAAGCCGAAAAUCCAGAUCAAGCUGACAGUUUCAACCUGAAAAUGAGCUUGUGGAAAUCGUUCCUUGAUACGCUGCUCAUGUUGGUAUCAUCUCCAGCCCUGGCUCUAGAGCUAUUUCCAGAGCAGAAACGCCGUGCAGUUUGGAAAAUAUCUGGUGACGUACGUCAAUCCGGCGCCGACCUCUUGCGAAAUUGUUGGGAGAGCCUUGGUUGGGAAGCCACGGCUGACGAUCAAAGACGAUACAAUAUCCGUAGGCUGGGUGGGUACCAGGUUCAGUAUGUGCCUAGUCUAGUCGCGCCCACGAUAAGAUUGUGUCUCAGUAUGCACGAGGGGUUGCGGAAGGUUGCGGUCGAGAUUCUCCAGGCCAUGAUCAUCAACGAGUGGGCACUGAGCGACGGAGAGAGUCUAGAGUUGAUCGAGACCGAGGUAAUCGGGGCGUUGAACAGUAUCAUCAAGGCGAAGCCUGUGAGUGCGAACGAGGCCAUGAGCCGCAAGAUUUUCAUCGCCGAGUUGCUGGAGUUGUUCAGCACGAUCGCGAACCAGCCUGACGAUGCGCUGUGGACGGCAAUCGAAGAUCUUGUUGCAACGAUUGAUGAAUUGGUCGACCUACUCACGACCACUGAGGCGGACGAGGAAGUCGACGGCGAACCACAGGAUCCGAGCAACGGACACGCCAGAGGGCAAAGCGGCGACUCGCAGAACAGCGAAGCCAAAGAACUGGCCAGGGCGAGGAGGAGCAUUGACGGCUUGACACCCACGAGCCCCGCGCAGGGACGCGAGAAGGAGUACGGCGUCCAUGCGUUGGAGUGCUACAAGCAAUUGGCCGAAGAGUACGAGCGCAACGGCGACUACAAGAGGCUGGCCAAGACUUACAGGGCCAUUGCCAGAAUCCACGAGGCGAGAGCUGCGAGCCGGGCGGGUGCUGGCGGCUUGAUGAAUGGAAGACGAGCGUAUGGAGAACAGAAUGCAGAUGGUGAAGAAGAGGACGAUGAUUAGUUUGUGGUCCCAUGGUACAAACUUGGGGGCGAGGCUCGAAAUGUAGGUUCAUUCAUGCUCUUUGGAAAGGCAAGCGUGGAAAUGGUACUUUUACUUGGAAGAACGACACGGAGAUAUCAAGCUCGGUGGUGUUUUCUUGGGAGGCUACGAUUGAACAAGAUCGAUCUUCCUGUUGGGGACGACCCCAGGGUUUGCUUGGGCUUCUUUGGCUUGAAAUCUAGUUGAAUACAGAAGGUGAAGCUAUGGGAGGCCAGAUGCAUGUGCUGUACGGAAAAAAGUUUGCAAAUGCCCCCUAUACCCCCUCCCUAUAUGGUCUGAUGUGCUGGGCCGGAUUGAGCGAAGCAACGUUGUAGGAUUUGGCCGUUUGGGCUUGGGAAGUGAGUGGCAUCCGUGAGGAAUGCCGACUAGAAUUCCAUCAAAGUCAUUGUCAUGUUCUUCCUUGCGUCCGGGUGUUCGAAAUUGCAUUUGCAGACAG